AAGGUAGUCAGAGUUUAGGACUUGAAGAUAUCCAUGUACAUUGGUGGAUUCAAGGACGCUCACCUAUAUCACAACUUGAAGAACAUAACCCUAAUAUUGUAUAUACUAAGGAACGUCCUAUAGAUGCUACUAAUAACCAAUCGUCCAACUCAACUAGAAGGGAUCCUUCUGGAUUCGAGUCUGUAGAACAGAAU